AUGUUGCUUGCUAGUUCACACUCAAUUCUGCCCCUUCUGGAGCGAAAGAAAAUGGAAAAAACACCCAGAAUCGACCUUUUAUACCUACCAACACACAAAUUACUCGAAGAAACACCAUGGAGAUACCACGUCGUAUCCAGGCAUUUCACAUUCGUUUAUCAUCAUGGCGUAAUACUCUAG